CCGGGGGCAGAGGUGCUGGAAGCCGGGUGGUGCGUGGUACGUGGGCUACCCCAAGUCGUGUAGCCGGGGCCCUGGUUCCCCGGGUCAGGGUCGCGCCCUGGUGCACGCGUGCAGGGCUGUGUGCUGUGGGUGGCUCACCUGACGGCGUGGGGGAGCGGCGCGGCGGCGGCGGCGGCGGCGGCGGCGGCGGCGGCGAGAGCCGGGGCGCAGAGGCUUGAUUUGUGGCCCAAGAUGUGAUGUAUCCUGGAGAAUGUUCCAUGUGCAUUUGAGAAGAAAGUGUAUUCUGCUGCUUUCAGAUGGAAUGUCCUGUGCACUUAAAGAAUGGAUGAUGAUGAUUUUGGUGGUUUUGAGGCUGCAGAGAUUUUUGAUGGUGGAAAUGGUGAAACCCAAACUACAUCUCCUGCCAUUCCUUGGGCUGCUUUUCCUACAGUAUCUGGAGUCCAUCUUUCUCCAGCCUCUCCUGAGAUUGUAUUGGACCAUGACCACACUUCUCCUUCGGUUGGCUGCCUCUCUUCUGAGCCCAUCAUUUCAUCACCAGAGAAUACACAUGCAGACAACAGCAUUGUCAGUCAAACUUUUCCUAAAGCACAGAUUCAGCAAUCAGCACACACUCAUCUGGAUAUCUCACUUUUUCCGUUGGGUUUAACUGAGGAGAAAAGUAAUGGAACAAUUGCUCUUGUGGAUGAUUCUGAGGAUCCUGGAGCCAAUGUAUCAAACAUACAGCUUCAGCAGAAAAUUUCAAGUCUGGAGAUGAAACUCAAAGUAUCUGAAGAAGAAAAACAGAGAAUUAAAAAGGAUGUGGAAUCAUUGAUGGAAAAACAUAGUGUCUUGGAAAAAGAUUUCCUUAAAGAAAAAGAGCAAGAGGCCAUUUCUUUUCAAGAUAGAUACAAAGAACUUCAGGAAAAACAUAAACAAGAAUUGGAAGACAUGAGGAAAGCUGGUCAUGAAGCCCUCAGCAUUAUUGUGGAUGAAUAUAAGGCACUACUGCAGUCUUCAGUUAAGCAACAAGUAGAAGCUAUUGAAAAACAGUACAUUUCUGCAAUAGAGAAACAAGCACACAAGUGUGAAGAGUUGUUAAAUACUCAGCAUCAGAGGCUCCUUGAAAUGCUUGCCACAGAGAAGGAACUGUUAAAAGAAAAAAUAAAGGAAGCUUUGACUCAGCAAUCUCAAGAACAGAAGGAAAUAUUGGGAAAAUGUUUGGAGGAAGAAAGGCAAAGAAAUAAAGAAGCAUUAGUAUCUGCUGCAAAGCUUGAGAAAGAAGUGAUGAAGGAUGCAGUUUUAAAAGCUGUAGAAGAAGAAAGAAAAAAUUUGGAAAAAGCCCAUGCAGAAGAAAGGGAGUUAUGGAAGACUGAGCAUGCAAAAGAUCAAGAGAAAGUAUCUCAGGCAAUUCAAACAGCUAUACAAGAGCAAAGAAAAAUUAGUCAGGAAACUGUUAAGGCAGCAAUAAUAGAAGAGCAAAAGCGAAGUGAAAAGGCUGUGGAAGAGGCAGUGAAGAGAACAAGAGAUGAAUUGAUAGAGUAUGUAAAGGAACAGAAAAGGCUUGAUCAAGUCAUCCGCCAAAGAAGCCUGUCCAGUUUGGAACUGUUCCUCUCUUGUGCUCAGAAACAGUUAAGUGCUUUAAUAGCUACGGAACCAGUUGACAUUGAAUAAAGAGAACGUGACAACCUAACCCACACUGGCAAUGGAUAAAUCAUUAGACCUCUAAAAUACAUGCUGUGAAUUAUAAAGAUGCUUUUGUUUUCUUUCCAAACCUUGGAAAAUUGAUUUCCACUUCAAGGAUAAACCAAAACAGUAUUUAGAAGAACUACAAGAGAUCUAAUUUAUUUUCUUUUGUUUUCUCCUUUACAUUUACUAUUAUUUUAUUAGCAGUAGUAGUAACAGCAACAAAAAGUAUGAUGUGACCCCAAAACCAUUGAAAAUUACCAGAUUACCAAAAGUUAACAAAGUAAACUUUAUAGCCUCUGGUGCCCUGUUAACAUUGUAUUUGGCAAAAAUACUAAAUAUUUUUUACUUAUUGUUUCACAAUGACUUGAUAGGAUUCUAGGAUGUCAUCAUACAUUUAUUUGAUUUUGAGGCUAGAAACAGCAUGGUUUUCAACAUCACCUAUUUAUCUAUGUAACUUAGAUGUAAAACACUGAUAUGACAGAGAAUCAUUCUGAUAUUACCAAACCUCUUUUCUGUAGUGGGAUCUAUGUAUUUUCAUUGGUAACAAUUAACAACACUAAAGAUUAUUAAAUUAAUUCAACUUUGAUCUGAUGUACCAUUUAAAGGAAUAUAUGUGUGUAAUGUGCUUAUUUCUUAUUUCUUUUCUUCAAAGUCACUAUGAAUCAAUAAAAUCAUUUUUCUUAUGAAUCAUACCAUGAACUUAAUCUCUAGAAAGAGAAUAUAACUUAGCCAUUUAUAGGGAUUCGGGUUCAAAUAUAAGAGAUGUGAAAUACUUUCCCAGUACUUCAGAAGUACUUAAUUCAUGAGCAGUGUGCUUCAAUGUGAAAUCAUGAGUUGUUUUUUUUUUCAAACAUCAAAACUAAAAUAUCAUUACAAAUGUAUGCAAAUAUUCUGUCUUUUUUUCUGAAAUGCUCCUACUUUCAUAGGCUUUGUACUUUUCUGGGAAUUUCUCAGUGUAAUAAAAAAGAGCUUCAAAUCUUA